AACGCGGCAGCCACGGUCACACUGCUAUUUACACGCCCAAAAUUUAUUCAAUUGCAACGAAACUUAACAGAAAAACACAAAUUAAGCAAUGAAAACACUGGAGAAAUGUGCCCUUGCCGUUGUGGUGCUCUGCUGUCUGCUGCAAGUGGGCCAGGCGAUCAAAUGUUGGGAUUGUCGCAGCGAUAACGAUCCGAAAUGCGGGGAUCCCUUCGACAACAGCACCCUGGCCAUUACGGACUGCCAGCAGGCACCGGAAUUGGAGCACUUGAAGGGCGUGCGACCGACGAUGUGCCGGAAGAUCCGGCAAAAGGUUCACGGGGAGUGGCGCUACUUUAGGAGCUGCGCCUACAUGGGCGAACCCGGAAUCGAGGGCGACGAACGCUUCUGCCUGAUGCGAACUGGCAGCUACAACAUCUUCAUGGAGUUCUGCACGUGCAACAGCAAGGACGGCUGCAACUCGGCGGGCAUCCAUCGCCUUGGCUGGAUGGGAGCCCUUUCGGGAACUCUGGUUUCCGUCCUUGUGGCCCAUUUACUGCGGCAAUAGUUGGAAGGAUCUGUUUCCUCCAGUUAUAGCUAAUGCCACGCCUCCGUUGGUCGCACCUGGGCCACAAGACUGUCUAAAAUCAACAAAGGGAUUUUUGCUCAAUCAAAUUUUCAAAAUAUUUGCCAAAAACAGCGGUAAUGAAAGCGGAAUAAUAUUGAUUUCGAAACUUAGUUAUCUUUUUGCAGUUACAUUUCACUAAUACUCGCUUUUUUCCUUUAUACAUUUCAGUAAUAUUCGCUUAAUUUGUUUUAAAUUAUGUAAAACUCUAAAAAUGUAUAAUGCUAUAUUUGCGAGCUAUAAAAGCCCUAAUUUUAAUUGAAUAAUGCAGAAUCGAAAAUUGUAUGUCCAGUUAGCCUACAAUUGCUCAAAACCGCUUAAUUAUAACUUCAAAAACCCUUAUCUGAUUUACGACAGUCUUGCGCCCUAUACGCGAUGUGAAAUUAAGUGCCUUUCUGUAACUACUCGAACUAUAACUUACACCUGGAAAGCUUAUUCCGUCCAAUCUCUUUUACAUGACAUUUCCUUUACAAUAAGCUGAAUCUCCGCUUGUUUAUAAAAGUUACCUUAACAGAGAAAACUAUUUCCCUCCAAACAUUCCUAAGCCAUAACAUUUCUUAACUCGUAAGUUCAAUUGUGUAAUCUCCACUAUUCUCUACUUGUAUAUUGUAAUGUUUUUACAAAAAGACCCCUAGUUUUAGUCGCCAGAAGGCUUACAAGUUUUUAUUGUAAUGCAAGGACAAUUAGAUCAUUUUUGUAAUCCAAAUAAACGAUUUAUACACCAA